AUGGGUAGAGGGAAAGUUGAGAUUAAGAAGAUUGAGAACACCAGUAACCGGCAGGUAACAUUCUCGAAACGGCGCGGUGGAUUGCUGAAGAAAGCAAAAGAAUUGUCGAUUUUGUGCGAUGCAGAAGUUGGUGUUAUAGUUUUUUCCGGCACUGGAAAACUUUAUGAAUUUGCGAGUUCUGGGUACGUUGAGGUGCUUAAGCACCAAGUUGGGCUGUCCCGAGAAAAUCGUCUACUCGGUAGAAAAGAUUAUGGUACAACCUCGACUUCAGUCCGAGAACGAAAUUCGGAUAUUUCAUUGCGUUUGGGGCUAUCUUCACUUGAUCGCUCUGAGAAGAGGAAGUUGUCAAAGACGGGGUCCGGUUUCAAGAUCUCGAUGGACACAAACUAA